CCUGUCUGUCUAUUCUAUCAGAGAGAGUAGGCUAAACAUUAGAAAAUAUAAUACUAUAAUAAAAACUAAGCCUCAAGACUUUCAAGAUUAACAUAUGUUAAAUCAAUACCAAAACAAAGCAGUGAUAUCCUCAUUAUGCUAGAAUUUGUUGUAGGGCUGUUGUAUGAGACUGCAAUGUGCAGUUGAGCAACUGGGUGUAUAGUCAACCUGUCAGCCAUGUCCAGUUCUCCGUUUUUAACAUCCAGUUUUCUUAUAUAAUUUUUUUAUCAUUUUAAUUUUGUUUGUUUUUUUUACAUGCUACUUCCUCCCAUGUGUCCCACUCCGACUGCGAAACCACUGUUGCCAUGACAACACACAAACUUUGACAUGGCGUCCCUCUUAACAGACCCGUUGUUUGAAAUCUCUGGACGGGGUCCACCACCUAAUAAGAACUUUUAUUAUUUUGCUGUCACCAAGUCAGAUGUGAUAUGGAGAUGGUGGAAGAUAUCUCUGAGAGCUGUGGACAGGUACUCUAAGCCUGGGGAGCUGAGGGAGUCUCACCAGGACUUUUUGGAUGACACUUGGCUGCAUAGUGAGGUCAGUAUGGUUUUCAGUCGUCGAAUGUUGCUGUACACCAAGGCUUUGUGCGAAGGCCAUUAUGAUUAUCUGGAGCAUCUGUCUGACUCCUUACUUCUGCGGAUAAUAAAUUACCUCGAACUAGAGGAUGUGGGUCAGCUCGGACGAACAUCACGUAGGUUCAGGCAGCUAUGUGGGUCAGAUGAGUUUUGGGAGCAGGCAGUGCGGCGGCGCUGCAACACAGUUUCAGAUGAGGUGGCGUCUCUGGCACUUGAGGUGGGCUGGCGUUGCAUCUUCUUCACUAGCAAGCUACAGCUGCAGAAGUUGAUCAGCCGCAGGAGGCUAAGGCCUGAGGAGCAAGAGGAAGGCCAGGUCUCUGACCCAGAUAAAAAGGAAGAGGAAUCUCCUGAUGAAAGCUCAGAGACAAGCCAGGUGUCUAGUUCUGAGGAGGAAUAUCAGCCUGGCAUUAGCCCUGAUCAGAGCCUUGGCACUGGCACUGGUACUGGCUUUGACUCCAGCUCUUGCUGUGAUGUUGACCCUGACCCUAACCCCAAAUCAGAGGCUGGCUCUGAUUCCAGCGAGCCUGUGCCUGACCAAUUCUUGGAUGACAUAAAGCACUGUGAGGUGGAAACACUGGCACAGAGCAAGACACUGAGCAAUGGUAGAGGAGACUGCAGCACAGAGUCAGACAAAACACUGAGUUAAGCCUUUUGUCAAAUGUUGUGUUGUGUUUGAGGCUUACUGUUAUAUACCAGUUUAUUGAUUCUUCAUCCUAAAGUGAGUUGUGUAUUGAUUAUUAGAAGAAUAUUAACUUUUAUUUGUCAAAUGUAACAUUUUUGUUUGAUAUUUGUGAGAUAUUAUUAUUCACUUGUCAGUUUGUUUUCAAUUGAAUGUCCAUUGUGCCAUGACUUUUCUGACUGCAUACAUUAAUAGGACCAACAAAAAAUAUAAUAGGACAGUACACAUUAAAUUAAUUGUUCAUUGUAAUUUACCAGUUAUAAUAUAGGAUACUGUAAGUUGUAAAUUUAGAAAUAAA